UUUUGGUUUCGGCGAUCAGAUGUUCCUCGGAGCCUCGUUUGAAAAAUCCGUCAGCAGGCAUGGAUUAGCAUCAUGAUCAGCACUCCAGCGAGAAGAAUAUCUCUGCGCAGAAAAAGGUGUGCUGGAAACGCAGGUAGUUCUGAUUCCCCAGUAUCGAAGAGAGUCUCUCCGUCAAUCGAAGAUUUUGAUGAGGAAGAAUUAAAGAGCAGUCAUGACGGCUCCCGCGUUAAGGGUUCUUACUAUGUCAGGAAUGUGCAAGACUCUGUUGUUGCCAAAUUGCCAUCCACCCCCAAGAAUAAUGUGGGCGGCAGGAGUGAAGAAGGCAGAGUGGACCCGCAGGAUCAUCAUCAGCAGCACUCCCCUGACACGCCCUUCAUGAGCAGUCAGCUGUGUGGGACUCAGGAAUGUGAGGUGGUAUGGGACUGCAACUCCCCAGGAUAUUCCAAAGACGACUUGAAAAGGAUGCCUGGUGGGGAUUGCAAUGAUGUGGUAACUGCGUCCUCGCCCAUAACGUUUGUGGCUCCUGCACCACAUCGCAUGUUGUUUCCAAGGUCACGUAUGCGUUCUCAGCCAAGGUCGGCUAAGGAUACAACUGCCCAGUUGGAUGAACUUUUAAAUCAACUUAGCACAAAAGGGAACAAGCCAAGUGGACUGCCAGUAAGUGAUGAACCUCCAAUACCAGAUGCUGAAGGAAAGCUCAUUCCCAACGGAAAGCCUUGUUCCCCUCCAUCAGAGGAGUUGGGUCUCUCCCCAUCCACUCCCCCUGAAGCAACAUUGCUCCAUCAGUCAUCUCAGCCAUUUGAAGUCCAUGAAGCGUUCAGGCAAGAGGAAGUGGCGGACAUUGCUUUAGACACAAGCGUAGCAAAUGCAUUCGAAGACUCUCUUUGGGGGGAUGACCUGAACAUGGGAGUGUGUGAUAUCAGUGGUGUCAGUGAAACCAGUGACUCCGUUUCAAAACAGAAAUUGAAUGUGACAGCAGAUGAGAAGGAAAAUGUUCCAGUUACAGAUGUGGUGAAAGAUGCUAUAGAUAUGUCUACAGAUGUGUUUGAUGAUGACCUAUUUAAUGAUUCUGUGAUAAGAUCAACGCAGGCUGUUGAAGAGGCUAUGGAGCAGAGUUAUAAGGCAGAAGCUAAGUCAGAUACUUUCGGAAUCGAAUCACUGAGCAGCAAAGUGAAGGGAGUAGGGCUAAAUGUGCAUGGUAAAAGCAGUGUAGAAAAAAGAAACUUUGUUACAGGUAUAAGGAAAACUUCAUCUGUGUCCGAGGAUGAAGGUGUGGUACUUAGUCAAACAGCAGUGAUAGGUAAGGGGGAGAAAGAGAGGAAUCUUGAAAUGCACUGUUCAGGAGAUCAAGUACAAACUGUGAAUAGUACAAAUGCUUUGUCAAGAUACAGUAAAGGCAGUGGCGUUAAUAAUCUGUUGUAUGUCAAGAAAAAUGAUCAGCAAAAGUUUGUUCAGACAUCAGAUGGUAAUAGAAGAGAUAUAAAUGAAAACCAAAUGCCAGGUAGGAACAGUAAAUCUUCCAGUGAUAGCAUGCAUGAAAGCACAAGGAACAAAUCUGGAAAAACAAGUCCAAUUGUUGGCAAGCAAAGAAAGUCUCCUGUUAGUGUGGAUGCACCUCAUAGGAGAGUGCGGAGCUCUUUUCUUCUGAGCUCCGCAGCUUCAGUCCAAGCAAGGGGAAAACUUGGUCUGCAGGAAAGCACUGGUGAUGGUGAAUGUAGUACAUAUAUUGAGCAAAAUAUUUCUAAUAAGAGAAACAAUGACGCUUUUAGUGUUGACCAGAGAAUAUCAAGUAAGUCUGAAAGUAUAAAUGUAGGAACAAAAUUAGAUUUACCAGAACGAACACACAAUGUAAAUGUUACAGCCCCAUUGACAAACAAGUUUUGCAGUGCUUCUACCUCUGCCUCAUUACAAGGAACAAAGUAUAUGAACAAAGACUAUGGGAAUGUGCAAGCCAAAAGACCCUUAUUCAGGAAUGAGGAAUGCAGCAAGGAGAAAUUUAGUGAUAGAGCCCAGACAGCAAAAGGACAGCUCUCACGAUCACAUUCGACAGAUGACACACAAGCAAAAGCUACAAAGCAGACGUCUUCCUUCAGACGUGUAAACAGCUCAGCCAGUGUUGAGCUUUCUCGUGAAUUUGAAGAAGACGAUGAGUUCUUUGAGGCCAUACUCUGCACACUGCCAGAGGAAGAUCAGCUGUAUGAAGGAACCAGUCAAGCUAUAGCUCCUAAAGCAUCACUUGGCAAUCUUGAGAACUUGAAAAGUGGUUCUUCCUUAACAUUGAAGAGUAAUAGUCACAAAGCAGAGCAGAAGCAGAGUAAUAGUCACAAACUAAUGGCAAAUCAGCAAGAACAUCACAGACCUAUGACUGUAGGACCUGUUAGUACAUUAGCCAUGACGAAACCUUUGCAUGGUGUCACUACGCAAGGUGUUUCAGGGUUUAGAAACAUAAGAGGUGCUGCUUCCAAUCCCGCAACAAAACCUCUACAAAGUGUGAGGGAGGAUUCACGAGGGCCUCAGUUCAAACUCUCCUCAGUCAGCGGGAAAAGUUCUUGUCAAGAUGAUGUUCCGCCGGUGCCAAAAUCUAGUAUUCCAGUGCAGGAUGAUUUUGGAGCAAGUGAUAUUUUGGAUGAUGACUUCUUUGAAGAUGAUGUUCUUACAUAUAUUGAAGAAGUUGAAUCUCAGUAUAGCAGCCAGCAGUCGCAUGGGGAAGCCUCGAAUUCUCAGCCAUCACAUUCUCAGCAAAUAAAGUGCACACAAGAGGAAAUAGCACGCAAGAAGGAAGCUGCUCAACGUCUGCGGGAACAAAAACAGAGGCAGCGCCAAAUGUCGGGUCAUUACCGGCCAGUGUGCUAAGAAAGCCGAUGGAUGUAAGCUAUGAAUCCGAAUUGUUAUUGAACUUACUGUAACUGUUAGUUAUAAAAGUUACCUCUAAUGUUAGUAGUUGAAACUACUUCAAAGAAAUGUAUAAUGUUUUGGCAUGUACAUUAGACAGGAUACUGAUGAAAUUGCCUUUGUACAUGACAUUGUGGUUAUUGUAGCAUUGCCAAGUGUUAAAGUGUAUUGUAAAUAAGUGUUUAAACAAAUUUUAACUACACAGUUCCUUUAAACAAUUUCAUUGACAUUCCUGUAAGCUGUUGUCAAAUAUAUUUACACAGUUUUGUUAUCUGUGAUAUUUGAAUUGUAGAAUCAUUAGACUACAUUUUUUCUCAGUAGUCUAAUAAAAUGCACACUUUUAGCUUGAUCUGAUAUCAUCUGUGUCAUUAAUAGUUCAUUACAUGCAAGAGAAUGGUACUUAUUUUCCUUAUUGUCUUUGUUUAUGAGUGAGCAGAUUAUUUCAGUUCCAGGCCUGGUUUCUUAUAGUGCUGGCACAACUACCACCCUAUCGCUGAAAGUGAUUUUUUUUCUUGCUUUUUUUUUUUUUUUUUUACUGUAGGCACAUCAUUCCUCUUUCUCUAUCAAUCAAGUGGGAACUACACUGUGUAUGAAAGUCUCUACCCAUAUACUCCAUGAAAAGUAUAGCUCAUUAUGUCUUAAUUUUUGGGAUAUGCAUUACAGAAUCAGCAAGACUUUUCUCUAGUCUGUUACUUCUAUUUAUGGAAAGUGUAUGAAUAUGGAGGGUAGCAUGAUACAGAUAUGGAAAUUUAUAAUUAUUGGUGUGAAUGCAGAACAAAGUAAGUACAUAAUAAGUUGGGAAAGAUGGAAAGUUAAGGGGGGUCAUAUUUUUGCAUUGAAAGCUUUUGUUUGAAAUUUAUGACCAAGCAUUUGAUAAACAUAUUCUUAAAAAUCUUUCAUGAACUUGUGGUUGAGAGAUGUGUGUGUAUAUAUACAUGUUAACUUCAAAUUAUCUGUAAAUAAAGUGUUUUGAAAAAUA